GGGACGGCGAGCCAUGGCGGCCGCGGAAGAGAGCCUGUUGCGCCAGUUCCCCCUACUUCUGCCCCAGAACCGCGAGAAAACCGUGUAUGAGGGAUUCGUUUCUGCUCAGGGAAGAGACUUCCACCUUAGAAUAUUGCUGCCUGAGGAUUUGCAGAUGAAGAAUGCAAGAUUACUAUGUAGUUGGCAGCUGAAAACUGUACUUAAUGGAUACCAUCAAGUGGUCCAACAGAGAAUGCAGCACUCUCCUGACCUACUGAGCUUUAUGAUGGAAUUGAAGAUGAUUUUGGAAGUUGCUUUAAAGAAUUCGCAAGAGACACGGGUGCUAUCUGCUCCUCCCCAGUUCUAUUCAAACCUUAUUGAAGAGCUAGGAACACUUGGUUGGGAUAAAAAAUGCCCAUGGUUUCUACCACUGUAUCGGUCGCCUCGGUGGGUUUUAGACUGCUGUUACCAAUCACCUCCUCUCCUGAGCCCUCUUAGUCUUCUAGUGUGUUUUAAUUCAGUGCUCUUUUACCUUUACCCUGCAGAGUCACCAGAUUGUUUUGUGGAUUUUCCUGUUCCAUUUCCUGUUUCUUGGACACCACAGAGCUCUUUAGUAAGUAUUCAUAGUCAGUUUUUGGCAGCAUUGGACUCACUGAAGACAUUUUGGGAUGUUAUGGAUGAAAUCGAUGAGAAGACCUGGGUACUUGAGCCAGAAAAACCUCCACGGAGUGCAACAGCACGCAGAAUUGCAAUAGGAAAUAACGUUUCCAUAAACAUAGAGGUAGACCCCAGGCAUCCUACUAUGCUUCCUGAAUGCUGCUUUCUUGGUGCAGACCAUGUGGUGAAACCCCUGGGAAUUAAGUUGAGCAGGAACAUACAUUUGUGGAAUCCAGAAAACAGCCUAUUACAAAAUUUAAAAGAUGUUUUAGAAAUUGACUUUCCAGCUCGUGCCACCCUGGAAAAAUCUGAUUUUACUAUGGAUUGUGGGAUCUGUUACGCCUAUCACCUUGAUGGUGUCAUUCCGGAUCAAGUGUGUGAUAAUCCCCAGUGUGGACAACCAUUUCAUCAGAUAUGUCUGUAUGAGUGGUUGAGAGGCCUGCUCACCAGUAGACAGAGUUGUAACAUCAUGUUUGGUGAAUGUCCAUAUUGUAGUAAGCCAAUUACCUUGAAACUGUCUGGGAAGAAAUCUUGAAAUAAAAGUGUAUUGCGAAGAGCCAGAAACUAAAAAUUACCAAAAGACUUUAUUUGACAUCUUUAGAGAAAAUACAAAGCAAGACAUACCAGCACCAGCAGCAGAAUGAUGAUGAAGCCGUAAUAGUACACCUCUGCCUUUCCCUCGUCACUAAGAGUCAGCUGGGAAAGCAUAGACCAGACACCUGUAGAACUGUCUACAUCACUGACUCCCAUCCCAGAUGUGGAAGGGUACGUAUCCCAGGACGCAGAUCCAGACUUGCUGAAUUUACCUGGACCGGUGCAUUCUUCAUGGGUUUCAUAAAAUGGAUUUGGGAAUUGGAGACAGCCCGAUUUUUGUGGGACAUUGUUUACUU